AUGUCUCCGACUCCGAGAAUCCCGAUUGCUGACGAUUCGAUUAACCUACAAGUCGAUCCGAGUUUCCGAUCAUCGCCGGCCACUUUCUCUCCGAUCCCGUUGCAGUUACUCGAACAGAAAGUGGCGGUGCAGAAGGAGGAGGAGGAGACACCAAAAAAGAAAGAUGAAAAGGAGGACGAGCACUUCAGAAUCUUAGGCCACCACAUGUGUCUCAAACGGCAACGAGACUGUCCGCUUCUCCUAGCUCAAUCCAAACAUCCGAGGAGAACAAUCGCCGGAGGAGACACGGAUCUCGAAUCGAGACGUGCUGCUGUUCGUGCUUGGGGAGACCAGCCUCUUCAUCUGGCGGACCCGGACAUCCACGAGAUCAUGGACAAGGAGAAGCAAAGGCAAACGAAAGGAAUCGAGCUGAUUGCUUCCGAGAACUUCGUGUGUCGAGCUGUCAUGGAAGCUUUGGGAAGUCACUUGACCAACAAGUACUCCGAAGGCAUGCCUGGAGCCAGAUACUACACUGGGAAUCAAUACAUCGACCAGAUUGAGAAUCUCUGUAUCUCAAGAGCUCUUAACGCCUUUGGUCUUGAAUCUGAUAAAUGGGGUGUUAAUGUUCAGCCUUAUUCUUGUACCUCUGCCAAUUUCGCCGUCUACACCGCUCUUUUGCUUCCCGGUGAGCGCAUCAUGAGUUAUUCGGAUACUACUUUUUGGAACGGAUCCAGUUCGGUUAUUCGGAUUCGGAUUUUUUUGUCCAGGCCUAAUUCACACCCAUACUUCCAUGUGAGUCACAAAAAGAUCCAACCAAAGACCAAAUAA